CCCCACACGCACCAUCAGCGAGUAAUUAACCUGAGAGUUGUAGUGCCCUUCCUCUCUCACACCACAACAACCUAGCUAGCAUUUCGCUUAGAGAGAGUGCUGGAGUGUCGAGAUGGCCGAAGUGAUGGCGAGCGCCGCCACGAGCGUGAUGGGCUCCGUCAUCGGCAAGCUGACCGCCAUGCUCGGCGAGAAGUACAAGCUCACCCGAGAUGCUGAGCAAGGGAUCUGCUUCCUGAAGGAGGAGCUGAGCACCAUGGCCGCCGUGCUGCAGAAUCUCGCUGACAAGGACGGCGACCAGAUAGAUCCACUGGCCAAAGAUUGGAGGAGCAAGGUGCGUGAGCUAUCCCUCGACAUCGAGGAUUGCAUCGACCGCUUCAGGCUCAAUCACAGCCAUGGAGGUUCCAAGGCCAACUUCGUGCGCAAGGCCGUGCGGAAGGUGAAGAUCUUGUUGCAGGACCGGGGAUUAGCAGAGGAGAUCCAGAAACUCAAGAGCCUUGUGAUCGAGCAGAGUGAGCGGGCCGAACGCCACAACAUCCACAAGUACCUCGCGGCCACUCAGUCAGUGCCCUUGGAUCCUCGAGCACAUGAAAUCUUUAGGGAGGUGACAGAUCUCGUGGGAAUCGAUGGUCCUCGCAAGGAGAUCAUCGAGUUGUUGAAAUGUGAAGAGAAGCAAUACAAGGUGGUGUCCAUCUAUGGAACCGCUGGGCAGGGAAAGACCACUCUUGCCAUGGAGGUGUACCGCAAUAUUACUGAACCAUUUGAUUGCCGGGCUUUCGUGUCUGUAUCUCAGACUCCAGAUAUUAAGAAGCUCCUCAGUGAUAUAUUGUCUCAAAUAAGCAAGAACCAGUUUGACGGCCAGACGGAAAGGUGGGAGACACAGCAGCUCAUACGCAAUAUGAGAGACUACUUAAUUGACAAGAGGUACCUCAUCUUGAUUGAUGAUAUAUGGAGUGUGGCAGCAGGGGAGCUUAUACAAUCUGCCUUACCUCGCAAUGACAAUGGAAGCAGAGUAAUUACUACAACACGCAGUAAAACAGUAGCCGGAUCAUGUUGUGCUGGUAUUAUUGGUGCACAUAUGUACAAAGCGCAGCCACUUGGAGAUGAAGACUCUCAGAUAUUAUUUUUUAAAAGACUAUUUUGGUCCCAUGAAGAUUGUCCCCAAAAUUUAAGGGAAGUGUCCAGUGAUAUUCUGAGGAAAUGCUGUGGCUUGCCACUAGCCAUAAUCAGUAUAGCUGGUUUAUUAGCAAACAGAAGCAGAACGCCUGAAGCCUGGGGCAAUACAUUGAAGUCCAUUUCUGCUGCAGUUGACAAAGAUUCUCCCAUUGAUAAGAUGAAAAGAAUUUUAAUGCUUAGUUACUUUGACCUUCCUCCCCAUCUAAAGAGCUGUUUGUUAUAUCUGAGUGUGUUUCCAGAAGAUUUUAUCAUUGAUUGCAGAGAGUUGAUAUUAUUAUGGGUGGCCGAAGGACUGAUUCCUGGACAAGACAGAAAGUAUGGAGGAGCUGGGGAGAAGUUACUUGAAUGAUCUGAUCAAUAGAAGUUUGGUCCAGGCAGUCAAAGUUGGAGCAGAUGGCGCAACAGUGAAAAAGUGCAGAGUUCAUGAUGUCGUACUCGAGUUUAUUGUAUCAAAGGCUGUAGAGGACAAUUUUGUUACUAUAUGGAAUCGUAAUGGGUUUUCUGAAAAUUAUUCUUCCAACAAGAUUCGUCGUUUAUCCAUCCAGAAGACAUGUCUAGCCAGGCUGAAGAGAUGACAAAGAUAAUAAAAAAUGGAGCUCAUAAUCGAUCAAUUAGUAUUUUUGGCAAUAAUUCAGAGCUGGUUAAGCACGACACUCAGAUUUUAAACAGCCAAGUCUUGCGAGUGCUGAAUAUAAGAAGUUGGCUUGUUAAAGAAUGCUAUCUUCAAAAUGUUAAAAGAAUCAGUCAAAUGAAGUAUGGGCACGGUGUCCCCCAGCUCCCAGAAGAUACAGAAAAGCUGCAGCAUCUAGAGACACUAAAUAUUAGAAGAUACAGCAUUACAAAACUACCGGCCGGUAUUAUCCAAUUGCAGAUAUUAGUGCGUCUUAAUGUGCCUUCUUGGGUGCAACUACCAGAUGGCAUCGGAAAUUUGCAGGCACUGGAAGAGCUGUCAUAUAUCGGUUUGGGUUAUCAAUCU